AUGCGAGGAUUACUCAUCCAAGAUAAAUCCAUCAGGCUCAAACAACACAAAGCACAACUAACACAACUACAUAAAGAAAUAUCUGACCUAGAGAAACAACAUAAACUCACUCAGAAGAAGGAAGUUUUAGCCAUCCUCACAGCUAAGAAAGACAACUUGGCUAACAUAUUAAAUAAUCACUCAAUCAGAGCAAUCCAGAGACUGAAUACACAGUAUUACAUACAUGCGAAUAAACCUGACAAAUUCUUAGCAAGUAAAUUAAGAGAAAGAUGUAAGGCAUCCAUUAUCCCCUCUAUUUUACUGGCAAGUGGUGCCUCCAUGUCCCACCCACAGCAUAUAGCAGACACGUUUGCAGAUUUCUAUGAAAGUCUGUAUGACGACAAUAAAGUAACACACUCCAACACCCUAGAGCAGCAAACAACAACAUUUCUGAAGGAUAUUAACUUACAGACACUUUCAAAGGAAAACAAUGAUACACUAAAUGCCCCAAUCACGAGUGCAGAAGUCUUGUCGGUCAUUAAGGACCUCAAGAUGGGGAAAGCAGCAGGACCAGACGGGUUUGCAGGAGAAUACUAUAGGACCUUUAAGGAAAUAUUAGUUCCACAUCUUACAGAUUUCUGUAAUUUUAUUCUAGAGGGACACAGUAUACCGAAAGAUAUGUUACAAGCAAAAAUAAUAGUGAUCCCCAAGCCAGGCAAAAACCAUAAGAUAUGUGCAAAUUACCGUCCUAUAUCGCUUAUCAACCAAGAUCUGAAAAUCCUGACAAAAAUUCUAGCCAAUAGACUAAAACAUAUUCUCCCAAAUCUGAUCCACCCGGAUCAAGUAGGGUUUGUAAAAGACAGAGAAGCGCCGGACAAUGUACGGCGGCUGUUGAACAUCAUAGAUUAUAACAGGAUAUGGCCUUUCAACCUGGGGCUAAAGGUUGAAAAUAUUAUUCCAUUUCUGGGGAUAUCUCGUCCAUUUGUGGGACGAUGCUGCCAGACAUGUACACCAAAAAGCAUGGAGAGUUUAUUUUACAGGAGAUACAACAAACUGGGAUUUCAUAAUGCACUCUUCAUUUCAGAGAAUGACAGCAGGUAUCGGGGUUGGUUAGUCAGAAGAUUAUGCUGUAUCCUCUUUGUUUGUGAACGCCAAAUAUCCAGAGACAUGGCCUCAAAUCUGCCUGAGAAAAUCUGUCAACAUCCCAGUGUACAGUUAAUGAUAGACAGAGAUCUUGAAGAGGAAGAAGUGCCUGUGAAGUCAGCACUGAGGUCUGCCUGUACAGUUCACAUGAAGGUUCUGAAAACUCUUGAACAAAUGCAGCUGUCUCUUUCCCCAUUUCUUAUUAGAAUUGUCCACUGGCUCCUGUUAAAGUUCUUCGGAUCCAUCUUUCUAUUUAUACAGCUUCAUAAAGGUCAAAUUGCUACAGUUCGAGAUGCUUCUGCCGCGCAACACGGAAUCCCUUGUGUUUUUCUCGCAACUCAUCGCUCAUGGCUUGACAACCUCCUUCUUCCAUUUGUCCUCUUCUCUCAGAAUUUGGGAGUACCUCGUGUAGUGUGGGACAGGUCAAGCAACUCUUCAGUUGUCCAAUCUUUUUUACAGAGGCUGGGAGCUGUAUUCCUUCCUGAAGACAUAGGGAGUCAACCUCUGAGUAAAGCUGUUUUCUCUGCUUACACAGAGAUUUUGCUUGCUGAAGGCCAGUCUCUUCUUAUCUUCCUGGAGUCGCCUUCUACACCCUACCAUUCCCUGUCCCCCACUGCAUAUGAGUGGGUCCAGCAGGUGAUUACAACCUUGCAGUCAGGAAUGGUUCCAGAUGUCCUUAUCGUACCAGUGGGAAUUUCCUAUGACUCCACUCCUGACACUGGGAUCUUGAGAAAGGAGACAUAUAGCAUAAGGAGCUCCUUGUUAACUCUGUUCCGCAUCUGGUUCUAUCCAUUGGGCUGUGCACGUGUGGAUUUUGCUCAGCCCUUUUCACUACAGGAAUAUUUAAGCAACUAUGCUUGGAGGUGCCGAGAUCCACCCCCCUCUCUGCAAAAGAUGCUGCUUCCAUAUAUUCUUAAAGGGGGAACAAGGAGUUCCCUGGCGAUGGAAGAACAGGAGCAGGGAGACGGAACAAACAAGCAACAUAUUUUGGUGGACAGAUUUAUUCUACAUUCUUUAAGAGAUGCAGUUUUUUGCUCUUCUGUGAUGUCUUCAACCAUCAUAUCUGCUCUUGUGCUGGACAAACACAGAAUGGGCGUCUCUUUCUCGAGACUCAUUUCUGAUUUCACUUUAUUGACGGAAGAAAUUCUUCAACGUGGUUUUGAUGUUGGAUUCUCUGGAAAGAGGUGGAACCUUGUUCGUCAUAGCCUGGGGAUCUUACGGAGCAGUGUGUCUCUCUUUUCUUCUCCUUCCCAGAACAUGUAUGUGUUAUGCAAAAAAUCCCAGGAGGCAAUCUGUUUGCUGAGGCACCUGAGUUCCAGUUUGCUACCCAUAUUUUUAUAUGAAGCAGUAGGAGCCUGCGCAGUGCACGCUCUUCUAUAUCAGUCUGUACUGGGGGAAGUGGAAAUCUUGUUUGACAAAGACGAGGUCAUUGACAAGCUGCUGUGUCUUUGCUAUCUGCUUCCAAGAACUCUCCUUCUUCAACUGCCCUGCCAGUGUCCCUAUAUAUUAUGUCAGGAUAUACUGGACAAGCUAAUUCAGUGUGGUAUUUUAUCUAUGCAAGAGGAUCCCAAUGCAGCUACAGCCUGUGACACUGGGAGGAAACGUUUUGUGGACACUCUGAUGUGGAAAGCAGAUGACUUUACUGACAGUGACAGUGAAUGUAUGGGAGAAGAUAUCAAGCGAUACUACAAGGUGGGACGCUCAGAAAAGCAUGCAGACUUGCUUACUUUCUAUUGUCGCCUUUUGCAUCCUGUACUGUGGACAUACAAGCAUGCAGCAGAAUACUUACAGGAACCUGGAGAAUGGGGGCAAGACACUGAGCAGGGCCAUGUGACCAGGCUGUAUUCAUAUCUGCUGCAGAGAGGAGAAGAUGAUGGAUCCUUUGAAUGUGCAGAUCACUAUUUGGCUAGCUGUACUAUCAAAAUAUUCAUGGAUCUUGGGGUAUUUGAGCAUUACCCUAAUAGUCAUGGAAUGAUGCUGCAAAUUUCAGAGACAUUUCUGCAAAAAGAAAACUGCCUGAAGCUUUUACGAUUCAUCCAGCAAUUUAUAAAUUAAAAACGAU